AUGUGUUCCAAAAGGCACUCUUCAAAGUCUGACUAUAAGAAGAAGCAAUUGACAGAGGCAGAAGAAGCAACCACAGAUCUCAUGUCAAGCCAGGGGGUGAAGUUAGUGGGGUUCUGGGUGAGUCCAUUUGUCUUGAGGGUAGAGUGGGCUCUGAAACUGAAGGGUAUUGAGUAUGAGUACAUAGAAGAAGACAUCUUCAACAAGAGCCCUCUGCUCUUGGACCUCAACCCUGUGCACCAGAAGGUCCCUGUGAUGGUUCAUGAUGGCAAAGUCAUGGCCGAGUCGUUUGUUAUUCUCGAGUACAUCGAUGAGACCUGGAAGCAGACCCCAUUGCUGCCUCAGGAUCCUUAUGAAAGAGCCAUGGCCAGGUUUUGGGCAAAGUCUGUUGAAGAGAAGCUUUUGGAUACUGCAUGGAUAGCUAUGUGCUCACAAGGAGAUGAAAAGGAAAAUGCUCUGAAAUCAGCCAGGGAGGUCUUAGAAAAGAUAGAGGGAGAGCUCAAAGGAAAAAAGUUUUUUGGAGGGGAAGCCAUUGGAUAUUUGGACCUUGCUAUGGGAUGGAUUUCUUUCUGGUUGCCUGUUUGGGAGGAAGUUGGGUCCAUGAAAUUUUAG